AUGUUCGUUAUUAUUCUUGGCCGAUGGUUAUUGCCAAAAGGAAAUAUUUCUCAUAGUGCGUUAUCUCAGUUAUUACUUGUGUAUUUGUCACUCGCUUCGGAUAUACUCGAUUUAUUAACAUUAUUCAGUGAACAAGAAAUUUAUCUAAGUUCAUCAAUGGUUCAUAUUAUUCUUAUUGUUUUCUCUUUAUGUAUGUUUCAAUUUACACUUAAUCUGACAGCAACUCGUGGCCGUUCGUUUUACGCAGAAUUCGAUAAUACAGGCAUAGAAAUACAUCAAUCGGCACCCCACUCAAAACCGAUACCAAAAUCGACACUAAAAAAACAUAAACUUUUAGAUAAAUCCAUACUACCAAUAAUAUCUUCAUCAACCGUUCGACCACUGGCAGCAACCACCAUGAAUUUAGCUCCACAUAUGAAAUCACGUGCAUCAUCCGUGUGCAUUAUUACUCCACCUGAUACAAUCUUCGACAAUGCUGAUAUAACUAGCGAUCAUGAAAUGAAAGUUAAUCAAAGUGCCACCACCAUUCAAGUUCCGGAAGCUACAAUUCAUGAAGUUGAUCUACUAAAAAAUGUUUCCUAUCCAUCUAUGAUUCAUCGUCAAUCAGUAAGUUCUCUUAAUUCAUUACAUUUAUCAUUAUGGAAUACAUCACGUUCUAAAUACGAAUCACGUAAAUCACUGGCAGACAGUAUGCGAACCUUCGUUCGUAAACGAUCAUCGAAAUUUCUUCGUUCCGAAAUAUGGUCAAUACUUGUUACAUUAUCAUUACAAGAUGGUCCGUUUUUUGCUGUUCGUCUUGUUGCUAUUAUUGUCUAUCGUGUACGUUCGUUUUUAACCUAUUUCUUCACGUUUAAAAACCUUCUGAUUCUUGUCUUUCAAUUAUACCGUAUUGUUUCAAUAUGCUUAGAGAAAGAUGAACACGAAAAAGAAUUCGAAGAAAAAGUCAACACAAUCACACGCAUGAGUAUGACCGCAACACAACUCGGAAUACCACUUUUCAAAAAAAUUUAG